AAGUACAGUCCAAAACAGUGGUGGAGCUCAAUCAAUCCAAAGUGCGGGCGAAACCGAAAGCGAGAGGGGGGAGACUGGGAGAGAGAGGGACGAGCGGCGCGGUCUGCUGGUCCGUCGGCGGCGACCGCGACGCCUCGCUGCAGCGGCCGACGCAUCCGCCGCGGGCGUGGAGCUCGCCCUCUCCUGGCUCGCAGGAGCUCGCGAGUUGUUUCGGGUGCGAGUUGCUUCUUAGUGCUAGCUGUCGAAGGCAACGAGGAAAAGACUGCCAUGGGGAUUUCAGCUAAGUGGAUCAAAUCACUUGUUGGGAUAAAAAAGCACGAAAAAGGGCGAAAUGCUGAAUGCAGCGAUGCGCAUGGACUCUGCAACCACUUCUAUUGUUGGCGUGUCUUUGUCAUUUGAUACCCAUCAAGGGUUAUUGGCGCACUAUUCAGUCCUAGUUAUGAGCAGUGUCACAUUUGGCCAAAGGAGCUCUGCUGUCCAGUUGCUACGCAAACGGGAACAUUCUGUUGAUACAGAAAGUGUUCCUGCGGCUGAAGAACUCAGAGUACAGGCCGAACCAUUGGCAGGUGACACAAAUACAGAAACAAUAUCAAAUUCUGCCUCCUCACCGAGCACAUCUCUUCAAGCUUCUCAGACCGAACUUGGUACAAAGGAGCAUCAGGCUGCUGUAGUUAUCCAAUCUGCCUUUCGAGCAUUCUUGGCUAGGCGGGCCUUGCGGGCGUUAAAAGGACUAGUUAGACUCCAGGCACUUGUUCGGGGUCAUGCUGUAAGAAAACAAGCAGCAGAAACACUUCAGUGCAUGCAAGCGCUAGUAAGAGCUCAAGCUCGUGUCAGAGCGAGACGAGUCCGUGUUUCUUUGGAAAGCCAAGGGACUCAAAAGAAACCUCCUGAAGAAAAUGUUCAUGAGGAUCAUGUUCGAGAUAUUGAGGAAGACUGGUGUGGCAGUAUAGGCUCGGUAGAAGAAAUGAAAGCUAAGACAUUAAAAAGGCAAGAGGCUGCUGCUAAGCGGGAAAGGGCGAUGGCAUAUGCUUUAACCCAUCAGUGGCAGGCAAGUUCAAGGAAACAGAAAGCAGCAAGCCUCCAAGGCCAAGGACUCGCCGGGGACGAGAACCAGUGGGGACGAAACUGGCUCGAGAGGUGGAUGGCCGCGCGCCCGUGGGAGAACAGGUUACUUGACAGCAACGCCAGGGACAGUGUCACUGCCGGCGACGACGACGACAAACCAGCGGAGGAAGGCAAGGCAAAAGCUCCGGACCUGAGCAAACCAAAAGGAAAAGCUCCCGUUUUGGCCUCUCAGUCUAACGGGUCGCGGCAGGAGAAAGCUGCAGACCACGAGAAGUCGCAUUCUGAUGUCAGCGGCUGUGGCUCUUCGUCGGGGCGGUCUGCGGACGUGCAGCCAACGGUUUCUCUAGAGUCGUCCAAGGUGGAAGUGAAGGUGAAGGCACCGCAGGAGGUCGCAGAUGAAGCGAGCUCUGGACCGUCGAAUCCGGCUUCCCGGUCCGCAAGCAAUCCGAAAGAAAGGCCGGCGCGAACCGAUGCGCCAGCGAGGAAGCGGUUAUCGCUUCCUAACAACGACAUCAGCAGUUGGGGCUUGGAAAAAGCAAUUGAUCCUCGUCACUUGUGGUGCAGCAACAGCAGCCAGUCGGGGAGUAGGGAAGCGCCCUACCAACAGUAGUCGGAGUCGGACGAACGUGGCCUCGAGACCGAAGAAUGGCAGAGGCGCCUCCAGCCCAGGCCUCGAGUAGUGUCGUAGGGUGGUUGUGUUGUGCUGGUGUACAUUGUUUACGUUGCUGUGUAUUCUACCAUUGUGUUAUGUAUUUUUUGUGCGUGUGUGUGUCUGUGUUCUGUUCAAAUUGCGUCCUUUCGAACUGCUCAGUCUGUGGACGUUUGGAAAAGCAUGUUUCUGGAUUCUGUGAUUCGGUCUUCA